CAUCCUGGCCUACUAAGGACAUUAAUUCGUAAUAAUUUUAAAAGUACACUAGAUUAACAAACUAGGCUCAUUUUCCAGUGUUAGUAUAACAAGUAAGGGGUCAAAAGAUUUAAUGGGACAGACUAUUGUGCGCAUGCCUAGUACAUCCUCUCCGGUACUUCAGGGUAAUGGCUGCUAGGUGGAUGUGCGGAGCGGCCGCAUCCUUUGAGUGUGAAGUGCUUCCAUCAAGAGGACCGUUAACUCGGGCGGUGCCGAGUUAAAAUGGUCGAUAUCCGACCCGAAAAGCACCCCGAAACCGUUCUACAAAAUACGAAGAUCGUGUUUCACUUUGCACCCACUGUUAACAUCCCGUCUUAGUGGUCAGUUCUGCCUGCCGAUCAGAGAUUUAAGCUGAGGCCAUGGCAGUGAAGGACCGUGUAGAGGCGGUGCUCAAUGUGGGUCUGCGAGUUCCCAGCAUCAUGCUGCUGGAUGUCCUGUACCGCUGGGACGUCAGCUCCUUCUUCCAGAAGAUCCAGCGCUCCAGCCUCUCCAACAACCCCCUGUUUCAGUACAAAUACCUGGCACUUUACCUGCACUACGUAGGUUACAUUUUGAGCUUGGUGCUCCUGACUCUGCCUCGUCAACACCUGGUUAAACUAUACUUGUAUGUCCUUACUGCCCUGCUGCUGUUUGCUGGUCACCAAGUCUCAAGGGAUUAUGUCCGCAGUGAACUGGAAUCUGGCUAUGAAGGACCUGUUUACCUGGAACCUCUUUCCAUGAACAGAUUCACCACUGCACUUAUAGGUCAGCUGGUGGUGUGUACUCUGUGUUCCUGCGUGAUGCAGACCAAGAGGAUCUGGCUUUUCUCUGCUCACCUUCUCCCUCUAGUGGCCAGACUGUGUUUGGUACCACUGGAGACCAUCGUCUUCAUCAAUAAGUUCUCCAUGAUCUUCACAGGCCUGGAGGUCAUUUACUUUCUGGCUACUAACUUGCUGGUACCAUACAAUCUGGCCAAGACUGCCUACAGGGAGCUGGCUCAGGUGGUGGAAGUGUACGGGCUGCUAGCUUUGGGAAUGUCUCUAUGGAACCAGCUGGUCCUCCCAGUUCUCUUCAUGUGUUUCUGGCUACUGCUGUUCGCCUUGCAGAUCUACUCCUACUUCAGCACCAGAGACCAGCCUACCUCAAGAGAGAGGCUCCUUUUCCUCUUUCUUACCAGUGUUGCAGAAUGUUGUAGUACACCGUACUCCCUGCUGGGUCUGGUUUUUACAGUAUCCUUCAUUGCUCUGGGAGUUCUCACACUCUGCAAGUUCUACCUUCAAGGUUACAGAGCUUUUAUGAAUGACAACACCAUGCACAGGGGGAUGACAGAAGGCAUCACCCUGCUGAUCCUAGCUGUCCAGACGGGCCUCAUCGAGCUUCAGGUCAUCCACCGAGCCUUCUUGCUUUCCAUCAUCCUCUUCAUUGUUGUUGCUUCCAUCCUGCAGUCCAUGCUGGAGAUAGCUGACCCCAUAGUCCUGGCCCUGGGAGCAUCCAGAGACAAGAGUUUAUGGAAGCACUUCAGAGCAGUGUCUCUGUGUCUGUUCUUGCUGAUCUUUCCAGCCUACAUGGCAUAUAUGAUCUGUCAGUUCUUCCACAUGGACUUCUGGCUUCUCAUCAUAAUCUCCUCCUCCAUCCUCACCUCGCUGCAGGUCCUUGGCACUUUGCUGAUCUACGUUCUCUUCAUGGUGGAGGAGUUUCGUAAGUCUCCAGUGGAGAACAUGGAUGAAGUUAUCUACUGUGUCAAUGGGACCUACAGAUUGCUGGAGUUCCUGGUCGCGGUGUGUGUGGUGUGUUAUGGCGUGUCAGAGACAGUAUUUGGGGAGUGGAGUGUGAUGGGCAGCACCAUCAUCCUGGUCCAUUCGUACUACAACGUCUGGCUCCGAGCUCAGCUGGGCUGGCAGAGCUUCCUGCUCAGGAGAGAUGCUGUAAACAAGAUCAAAAGCCUCCCUACAGCGAGCAACACGCAGCUCGAACAGUACAACGACAUCUGUGCUAUCUGCUACCAGGACAUGAAUAGUGCGGUGAUCACUCCAUGCAGUCAUUUCUUCCACGCUGGUUGUCUGAAGAAAUGGCUUUAUGUCCAGGAGACAUGUCCCCUCUGUCACUCUCAACUCAAGAGCCAAUCACCACCCACUGCUGUCCCCAACCAAGACACCCCUGCAGCCACCCAGAGCCCUGCAGGACGGGACGAAGCCGCAGCCAACAUGAGACAGGAAGAUGGCGCGGAAACAGGAGAGCAGGCUGGAGAUAACGGACCUGUCAUGACAGCUGGAAUAACCUCUGGUUUAUCUUCAGCUCCCCAAUGCCUGAAGUCUUCAUCAUCAUCAUCAUCCUUAUCAUCACCAUCAUCAUGUUCACCUUCUUUUCCUUCCCCACUUGGUGGGACUGAGUCUAAGAACCAGUCACCCACAAAUCAUCCCUCGUCAUCUUCCUUCUCUUCCUCUGACACAUUGAACAUGCUCCCCACCCCCUCCAGCUCUCAUCAUUCAUCCUCUCAUGUGCCAGCACAGGCAGAGAUGACCCCUGCUGAACCUGAGUCUGCCUCUCAGCUAAACCCAGGCUUUCUGCUGGACAGCCAGGAGUCAUGUGCUGGUCCAUCAUCACAACCCGAGAAACAAAGUUCCCCCUUCUGAGGAGCAGUGUCCUCCUCCAUACAGUCUCUGAGCUCCAUCAUAACACACGCCACAUACACGCAUGCACACAUAAACACACAAUCCAGCUACUUCAUCUGUCAACAUUCUGCCUAUAUUCUAUUUGUCCAGCGGUUGGCUAUCCUAUCAUGUCAGAAAUUCAACUUUGAACCUCUUCUGCUUUCAUACUGAACACACAAAGGGGAAAGCAUUUAUCUCAUCUCAUGUCCUUCACAGACAAAGAAACGUUACAUUAUCUUACAUUGUGACGUUACUUAAGUUUGGAAACAGUUAGAAACUCAAGGUCUGACUGUUUGACCUUUUUUUGACAAAUAACUGGUAAUCCUACAUCAUGUCCACGAAAUGUGAAAUCCUGAAUGAAACGGAAUUAUCACAUGGCUCAUUUUUCACUGUUUCCUAGAUUUUUACAUUGAUAUUGGACCUGUAGUGACAUUUCUAGAAUCAUACUUAUUUCAUUCUCAUUUCAGUCCCAUACAUUUCGUGUGAUGGUUACUCCCAUCCCUGCCUUUGUUGUUGCAGCUCCACUCUCAUUGCUGUACACUUCAUAGUUUUUUGGUUUUCCUCUAUAGUCCUGCAUGUGCCAUGAUCUGUGGAGAAAUGGGUCAAAGGUGUAGACGGCCUUGAUUGACUAGCGAUGAAUGACGGUUGCAUUUUAAAGAGACACCAUUUCAUCAAGUACAAAUUUCUCCAUCGGUUAAGAUAGCAGUGUUUGGUUUUCACUAUUGGAUGACAUUAGUUGUGUAUUAGUGAAUACACUAAGCAUUAACAGAUGUAUGAAUGACGUUUCUUGAGGCCAUCACAUGACCUGAAGCCUGGUGCUAAGCAGAGGACACAUAGUGUAAACUAUUUAAGUGUUCACAUGGAGUAACAUUCAUUUCAUGUGUCAAGCUUGCUCGAAUAUACCGCUGCAACAUUUGAAUCAAACUUGUUUGGCUGGUCCCAGCAAAAGCAGUUUCACUCCUCAUCGCCAAACUUUUGUAUUAAUGUAAAGAAAUGUCAUUUUUAAGGUAAUUUCUACAUUACCUCUUUAUUGAAAAUGAAGACAGACCGAAGACUGGGGAGAGGGCGGAUAUAACAUGCCACAGAAUCCACAGUUAGUUUGUAUUUGGACCUGAAGCAUUGUGAGAAUGUGGUGUGUAAGUUAGCCCACAGAGCCGGAAAGGAGGCCAAACUUUGUAGUUGCAGGCUUUCCAACUUUUCAUCCCAAGUUUGUCAUCAAGCCAACUGUAAUUGAUGCUUCCAUGGCAAGAGCCAAUCAUCUUGCACCUCCAGAACGCACCCUUUGUUUUCUGAGACCAUCAUUGUCCUCCUCCUGCUCAGUCACUUCACUCCAUGACAUGUUAACUACCAGCAAACUGAGCCGUUUGAUGGGAUACAUGCUAACACACACACACGCUCUGUCGGCUCCAGCGUUUGGACAAAUGGAGCAGCAAGGAGUGGAAGUGUGUGUUGGAAAAUCUGAAGGUUUAAUUGAAAGAGUUGAAUGCUGAGUCCUGAUGUUUAAAUGUAGAGCUUGCACGCUGCCACUGUUCCCAUAGCAUUUAUUUGUUCGUCCCCACUGUGCUCCAACCUUGCUACCAAUAUUCUUCUGCCAUUUUUUUUUUGUUUUGUUUUGUUUGGGUUGCACUUGCACUAAUGUCAUUUAUAUUAGCAACGCUCCAAAGCUGUUCUGUGGCUGUCAGUAACCAAAUGCCCUCUGAUGUAUUUGUGUACGAGGAAACAGCCCGAUCUGUUUGUGUGUAGUGUAUAUAAAUGUUAAUCUGUAUGGCAUCUAUAUUAAACCACAGGAGUGUUCAUAUAUAAGUAAAGUCAGGGCUGGAUUUCCCCACAGCUUCCUAGUGGUUUGAUGUUCUUUGUCACUUUACAUGCCUGUGAACAAAGACAAACUUUUGGCCAGGAAGCUUUGGGAAACCAAGCCUUCUGACCCAUGAGACCAGCCAGUGUUUCUGCUUCUCCAGUCUGCAUGAUGCGUCCUCAAGCUGGUGUGAUCACUCUGGUGCCCUCUACUGUUAGGAGUGGGACCAGCAUGGCGCAGAGGGACAGGAGAUGCAUCAGUUAACCCUUAACAGUAUUAAUUAGUACCACUAUUGCUGAAGGUCUUAUUACUAUGAAUGACUUUAUUGUUGAUUUUGGAAACUAAGUGUUGGCUGCAGGGCUUAGAAUGAAUACAUAAUCAAUGUAGGAUCAAACCUGGCCAAUGCUUAACUGUUUGUGGUUUUUUUGUUAGUUUUUUUUUUUUUUUUUUUAAGAUUAAAUGUAGAGUUUGAUGUAUUUUGCACAUGUUCCUCUGAAAGGUGAACAUGAGGACUUUCUGUACUCUUGAAUGACUUCUCAUGUUAUCAUCAGCUCCAUUCCUCAGACUUUUCAUUUCAAACAAAGCGCCUGAAAUGGUUACAGGCAUUUUAAAACGGCUACAUACUCACUCAUUCGUCAAUGUGGAGCAUUUGAACUGUGUCGAGCAGAGAUGUCACCUGCUCCACACGGUGAGAAGUGUCGUUGGCAACUGUACGAGAAUGUGCAUGGUAGCAUUAAACGAUAAAUAACCGUCAGAGAAGCCUGCCAGCUGUUGAUUUCAGAUGUAUUUGCUAUUUUUAUACUCCAUGUUGGAGAAAUUGCAUUUGUUGCAGAUAACUUCCAGGCUAUGAGCUGUGAAAUGUUUUUUUCAUACAGUCUGGGACAGUUUAACAUCAAAUGUUUUAGGCAGCCUAAAUUCCAUAUUUGACUAUAUAACCUCUUUAUCUGGUAACUGUAGAGAGCUUGUAGACAUUACACAUUUUAGGCUUUUCAGUCUUUAAAUGCAUCAUGUGCAUUUCAUUGUACGUCUGAGAUUUCAGCUUUUGGGAUUGACUUCAUGCAAAAUGCAUCAGGGUCUGUUUAGGUUAGUUGUCCAUUCGGUACUUUGCUGCAAGCACACAAACUUGCCACUAGUUUUCAUUGAGCAACAUCACUUCUGCAUUGCAGCUCCUCCUUUCAGGAGCGUUCGGGUGCGUUGAGAUUGUAAAACAGUGCAUUUGCAUAAUGUCAAUUUAAUUUUUAUUAUUGCACCUUGUCAACUUUGGGGUAAAAUAACACUGUUAAAUCCAAUGUUGGUGAUGUGCCCUAAAUGCCCCCUUGUUGUUGCAUUUUCUUAUACUCAAAUAAUGAAAUACAUCUAUUAUAUUGCCUCCGUUGAAUUUAAUGGCAUAACCAGGAGGAAUAUGAAUAUGAUAGCUGAAGUCAGUCUCCCAUCUGAAAUCCUGAUGUUUCUGAGGCUAAAUUUAUGACAGUACUUUGCAAAAUCAUUGCUCUGUAACAUUGAAGAUGUUAGCAAACACGGUACUGGAAUCUGUAGCUGCCACAGAGUUCUCUGACCACAUGGUUGGUUUGAAUGUGUUUUGGAAAAGGACGCUGCACUGCUGUCUCGUGUUGUUGCCUCUGACUAACAUGUUGGAUGAUCGUGUUCGGGGCUGCUCUGACUGAGACUCCCUGCCGAUCCUUGUUUAGUUCUUCUUCUUUUGUUUGAUUCUGCUUUGUAAAGCCUGACUCUGAAUGCCAGCUGUGUUCUGUUAAAAUACCCCACAGUUGGUUUUGGAUUUUACGCCUGACAUUGCCUUGGUUAUUUUACAGAAAAGAAUGAAUGUCAGAAAUAAAACUGAACCAUCCGCUCUGGA